CGAGGAUCACGAUCGAUAGUGAUGAAAGCUUUUUGAGAAAUCUGAUUGGUACGUGUUUUCUUUGUGAUUCGUUUGGGGAGUAAUAUCACUUCGCACAGUGGAUGCGGGAAGCCGAUGAGAACUGGAAAUCAAACACUCGGAUGAAAUGGCACAUCUACACCUGAAAUACCUCCUGGCUUUGGCCUUAGUGGAAGCAGUGUUGUCCUCUGGCGUGUUUGAGUUGAAGAUUCACUCGUUCCACACGGCGCAGCGCAUCUGCAGAAGACACAGAGAUUGCCACAUAUUUUUCAGAAUCUGCCUAAAACACCCGGAGGACGUGAUCUCAGCAGAGCCACCCUGCACCUUUGGCACUGGUCAAACCAACGUCAUCAGGGCUGAUCACACAUCCAUCUCCAGGAGCGCUCCCAUCAGGGUGCCAUUCCACUUCAAAUGGCCUGGAACAUUUUCAUUAAUCAUUGAGGCUUGGAACGCCGAAUCUCAGACAGAAUACACAGACAACCAAAACAACCUUGUAAGCCGUCUGGCGACCAGGAGAAGACUUGCUAUUGGCGAGGACUGGUCUCAGGACGUCCACUUCGGCGAACAGAGCGAACUGCGCUACUCUUACCAUGUCUUCUGCGACGAGUUCUAUUUUGGAGACAGCUGCGCUGACUACUGCAGGCCGAGAGACGACACGCUGGGCCACUACACCUGCGAUGAGGAGGGCAACCGCAUCUGUAUGGAAGGCUGGAAGGGAAACUACUGUUCUGAACCCAUCUGCUCUGCGGACUGCAGCGAACGGCACGGCUACUGUGAGGCCCCAGGGGGCUGUACGUGCCGUAUGGGCUGGCAGGGCCCCUCCUGUAAUGAAUGCGUGCGAUACCCUGGCUGCCUUCACGGGACGUGCAGCCAGCCGUGGCAGUGUAACUGUCAGGAGGGCUGGGGGGGGCUCUUCUGUGACCAGGACCUCAACUACUGCACCAACCACCGUCCCUGUGCCAACGGUGCAACCUGUACCAACACGGGCCAGGGCAGCUACACCUGCACCUGCCGCGCCGGGUUUGGAGGAACAAACUGUGAGCUGGAAACCAAUGAGUGUGACAGCAACCCCUGCAAGAAUGGAGGCAGCUGUAAUGACUUGGAGAACGACUACUCUUGCACCUGUCCUCAGGGAUUCUACGGUAAGAACUGCGAGAUCAUUGCCAUGACAUGUGCAGACGGUCCUUGUUUUAACGGUGGCACCUGCAUGGAGACGAUGACCGGAGGCUACACCUGCCGCUGUCCUCCCAGCUACACCGGCUCCAACUGUGAGAAGAAGUUGGACCGCUGCAGCAACAGGCCUUGUCUGAAUGGUGGAGAGUGUCUGGACCUCGGCCAGAGCAUCCUGUGUCGGUGUCAGCCUGGCUUCACUGGGGCCAACUGCCAGGUCAACAUCGAUGACUGUGCCUCAAGCCCCUGUCAGAACGCCGGCACCUGUCAGGACGGUGUGAAUGACUACACCUGCUCCUGCACACUGGGCUACACCGGCAAGAACUGCAGCCGUCGCUCCGAUGCCUGUGGUGCCCGUCCUUGCCAGAAUGGUGGGACCUGCUUCACCCACUUCACCGGACCUGUAUGCCAGUGCCCCAAAGGGUUCAUGGGGCCGAGCUGCGAGUUCACGCUCCAGCCCAGCUUCAAGCCGGCUUUGCGUCAAACCUCGCAGCCCUCCUCCUCCACUCUCACCAUCUCCUGCCUUCUCGCCAUCUUGGUGUUGGUUCUGGUGGCUGGUAUCGUCAUGCUGAGGAGGAGGCGGAGACUCCAGGGCAGGAAGCAGCUGAGCGACAUUGCAGUUUAUAAUGAUCUGGAGGCGGUAAACAACCUUGGAGGAAGUGAAAGAGAAGCAUUCCUCGGGCCGAACGGCCUGUUCAAGAUCAGCAACAGCGCUGCUUGCCUCGGGUUCGGUCUGAACCCGGAUGGGAGAUCUGGGUUCAGACCUAAUCCUGUGGUGGGCAGUCUGACCAGAGGGGAGCGCCAAGACUUUUUGUGGAGGGAUGACGCCGGUCUGGGUCCUGUGUCGGGGCUGAGAUGAAAUAUGUCAGAAUGUUGAGCGAAAACGUCCUCUCUGAUUUAUGCGGGACGAUCAGCACUUGUUGUUCCUCUGUGUUCAUGCCCAGAGCGGAGCAGAAAUCACGAGCUGGAGAAAACUCUGCUCAUGUUGGAGGCACAAAAACAAUAAAACGCAGGACAUCAGGAAACAAAACUCUGAACUUUCUGAUAAUUUACAAAGAUUACUGAGACCAGGGCAAAGCUCUUUCAUAUUUAAUGACUCAAAGACAGAAAUAAUUUUCAUUGGACCUACAACACAAACCAAAUACAGAACGUCACAAUAAAUGUGUUUAUUGCAUUUGUGUUUUUUUUUUUAAGAAACAUUUUUUUGUUUAAUUUUCUUUUUCAAUCUUCCUUUGACCAUUAUUUCCUUAUUGUGUGUACCAUCAUUUUUGUUGUUUAUAUUAUUUAUUUAUUUGAAAACUUCACUUUGUCAGAGAUUUACAGAUAUAUUUAUACGAUGAUGAAUGAAAUUUGACAUUUGAUGGUGAGUCUGGAUGCUUUUGGCGGACUGUGCGAUAUAUCCCAAAGAUGUUGAGGGAUGGCAGGAAUAUAAGAAGCUUUGUACACAGUUGUCCUCCUCCUACUGUUUGCUUUGUGCCAUUUUAUGUUCAUGCCAAAGUUUAUGUUCCGUUACAUUUAUUCAUCCACGUUUGAGUUUUGUCAUGUUGUGAUGUGGAAUAAAGGAUUUACACUGA